UCGAAGACAGCUGACACUUGAGAAGCGUUUAAUAGCAGCACUGCAUGGCAACCCAGAGAAAUCCAGAUUUAUAACAUGAAUCUCUGCAGCGCGGCGUAUUUCUCUGAGCUCAUGAAUGCGCAGCCUGGUUACUUUAAGACACCAAAUUGUUGUCACUCGCACUGGCGAAAGUAAACAGUUGUGAAAUCUGUACGGUAAGGAAGGAGGCGUGGCAUGACGCCAGAGUACCAUAUUGACAGGAAAACUCACCAAAUUUGGAGCUGCUUCCUGCACUUCCCGGGUCACCAUGCUGCGUGUGUCCCGCGUGCUGGAGCGUUUACGCGCGUGUACCGAAGCCUCCGCGCGUAACCGACACUGGACCAAAAUUGCCGAGCUGUCAGUAAAGUUCUCGAGUACUAAAACUGCUCCGCGCUUCCGAAGAAUGGAUUAUCAGGAUGCGGUUUGCACGCUCAACACCCUCCAGACGAACGCCAGCGCAUUGGAGCAGGUGAAGAGAGAGAGAGGUCAUCCUCAGCUCCAGCUGCAGGCCAUGAGAGGCUUCCUCCAGCGGGCAGGACUCAAGGCAGAAGAACUUGAUCGUCUUAAUAUUAUUCACGUGACUGGAACAAAAGGAAAGGGUUCAACUUGUGCCUUUACAGAACAGAUUUUGAGAAAGUAUGGCUUCCGGACUGGAUUCUACAGUUCACCUCAUUUGGUGCAAGUGAGAGAGCGAAUCCGAAUCAACGGGCAGCCACUAGGAAAAGAGCUGUUCACCAAAUACUUCUGGCAGGUGUAUUGUCGACUGGAGGAGACGAAGGAUGCCCAUGGCGGCAGCAUGCCUGCUUAUUUCCGCUUUCUCACCAUCUUGGCCUUUAAUGUUUUUCUGAAGGAGAAGGUUGAUUUGGCAGUCAUUGAGGUUGGGAUCGGUGGAGCUUAUGACUGCACCAAUAUAAUCGGGCGUCCCUGGGUGUGUGGCAUCUCCUCUUUGGGCAUAGACCACACCAGCAUACUGGGAGACACCAUUGAGAAAAUUGCUUGGCAGAAAGGAGGGAUUUUCAAGCUAGGAGUUCCUGCAUUCACAGUCAAACAACCUGAUGGGCCGAUGAAUGUGCUUCAAGAGAGGGCACAAGAAAUUGGGUGUUCGUUAUCAGUGUGUCCUGAUCUGGAGGAGUAUGAGAGCGAGGGUUUGCUCAGCUUGGGUCUAGCUGGCCACCAUCAGCGCAGUAAUGCUUCUCUGGCUCUACAGCUCUCACACACCUGGCUGCAGAGACACUUCCUCACAGAUCCUGCGUCAUCUCCAGUAGAGUUCAGCGGUGUGAGUUCAGCUCCAGUGUUCAAGCCUAGUCCUACAAUGAUCAAAGGUCUUGCAGAGACUGAGUGGCCUGGGCGCAAUCAGACACUAAAACACGGUCCUGUGACGUAUUUCCUGGAUGGAGCUCAUACUACUCGAAGCAUGCUGGCUUGUGUCCGCUGGUUCAAUGAAGUCACACCACAACAUGAGAAAAAUACUGGGGGUUCGGUGUUGAGGGUCCUCUUAUUCAACGCUACAGGAGAGAGAGACUGUGCCGCUAUGCUUAAACUGCUCAUACCCUGUCACUUUGACUUUGCUGUGUUCUGUCCAAACAUCACAGAGGCCAUAGCGACCUGUAAUGCAGACCAACAGAACUUUAAUGUUUCCGUGGAAAACAUGCUCACACGUUGCUUGGACAACCAGCAGAGCUGGCGCGUUCUGAAUGGCCAGGAGGAGAAGCCAGAGGCGGAGCUUCUGAUCGGAGGAGGUUUGCCAUUGGUGGCAGAAAGACACAGCCACACACUGGUGUUUCCCUGCAUCCUCAGCGCCCUGCAGUGGAUCAGUCAGGGAAGAGACUCCGUUCUGUCCGACCCAAAUAAAUGUGUCAUACCCCUUAAACCUAGCAUAAACGCGAAAGCUGCUCCACUUCGAGAGGCUGUAAGCAUACACGUCCUCAUCACAGGUAGUUUACACCUGGUGGGAGGGGCUUUAAAACACUUGGACCCUGCUUUAAACUCAUAACGGACAUAUGCAUGUGUCUGCAGUGUCAGACCGCCUGCCACACGCAGCAAGAGCACCACCUAGUGCCUGAACCCUCUGUUUCGGUACUUAAAAGUAAAAGUUGAAUGAAGUAAAAA